AUUUGUAAUGUAAACGUGCAACAAAAAAAUCAGUAAAUGAAACCGUGCGCGGGCAUUGUGCUUACAGUGCGCAUGCGCGUUGGUGACGUUUCAAUGUUUUUGCUGGAGAUGCGCGCACACGUGAGCGCUGUUCUUUUCACUGCUGGAGUAAAAUUAAUCAAAGUACCUUAAUUAAUUCACUUCAAACUGUCCAAGCAAGCUGUCCCUGAGAGAGGUGCCAGAAGAUGGACAAAUAGACCGACGUGUGUUGUCAUCUAGUUCUGGUCCAUUUGUUCUGCUGAGGAUCAAUUGAAUACUAAGGCCUCAUCCUGCAGUGCCUUAGGAUUUGUCUCUGCACUGCGCACCCUGUUGUCAUGGCGCCCAAGGACAUCAUGACCAAUUCGCACGCCAAAUCCAUAUUGAAUGCCAUGAAUGCUCUGAGGAAGAGCAACACACUGUGUGACAUUACUCUGAGGGUGGAGAGCACAGAUUUCCCAGCCCACCGCAUCGUGCUGGCUGCCUGCAGUGAUUAUUUCUGUGCCAUGUUCACCAGUGAGCUUUCUGAAAAAGGGAAGUCCUUUGUGGACAUUCAGGGCCUCACUGCUUCAACUAUGGAGAUCCUGCUGGACUUUGUUUACACAGAGACAGUGCUGGUUACUGUUGAAAAUGUGCAGGAGCUGCUGCCCGCUGCCUGUCUUCUUCAGCUUAAAGGUGUAAAGAGAGCUUGCUGUGAUUUUCUUAAUAGUCAGUUGGAUCCAUCAAAUUCUCUGGGAAUUAGAGACUUUGCAGAAACGCAUAACUGUCUGGACUUGAUGCAGGCAGCUGAACUGUUCUCGCAGAAGCACUUUGCAGAGGUGGUGCAACAGGAAGAGUUUAUGCUGCUCAGUCAAAGUGAGGUGGAAAAACUCAUCAAGUGUGAUGAAAUACAGGUUGACUCAGAGGAGCCUGUAUUUGAAGCAGUUUUGAACUGGGUAAAGCACAAAAGAAAAGAGAGAGAGCUGUACCUGCCCGAUCUGUUGGAGUAUGUGCGCAUGCCGCUGCUCACUCCACGAUACAUCACUGAUGUCAUUGACAUAGAGCCAUUGAUACGCUGCAGUUUGCCAUGUCGAGAUUUGGUGGAUGAAGCAAAGAAGUUUCACCUUCGACCAGAGUUACGAAGCGAGAUGCAGAGUCCUCGAACCCAAGCAAGACUCGGUGCCAAAGAGGUCCUUUUGGUAAUCGGAGGAUUUGGCAGCCAACAAUCACCCAUAGAUGUUGUUGAGAAGUAUGAUCCCAAAACCAGAGAGUGGAGCUUUCUACCUAACAUUGCAAGGAAGCGCCGGUACGUUGCCACUGUUGCCCUUAAUGAUCGGGUUUAUGUUAUUGGUGGGUAUGAUGGCCGAUCACGACUGAGUUCAGUUGAGUGUUUGGACUACACAGCAGAUGAAGAUGGAGUCUGGUACACCGUCGCCACAAUGAAUGUUCGGCGAGGUCUUGCGGGAGCCACAACUCUUGGAGAUAUGAUCUAUGUUGCUGGUGGAUUUGAUGGUAGUCGACGUCACACCAGUAUGGAACGUUAUGACCCAAAUAUUGACCAGUGGAGCAUGCUGGGAGAUAUGCAGACUGCCAGGGAGGGAGCAGGACUUGUGGUAGCAAGUGGACUCAUUUACUGUUUAGGAGGCUAUGAUGGUCUGAACAUCCUGAAUUCUGUAGAGCGGUAUGACCCUCACACAGGGCACUGGACCAGCGUCACUCCCAUGGCCAACAAACGCUCGGGUGCUGGCGUGGCUUUGCUUAAUGAUCACAUAUACGUUGUCGGAGGGUUUGAUGGCACAGCCCACCUAUCUUCCGUAGAGGUGUAUAACAUCCGCACAGACUACUGGACCACUGUGGCAAAUAUGACCACUCCACGCUGCUAUGUCGGAGCCACAGUCCUGAGGGGCCGUCUUUAUGCUAUUGCAGGAUAUGAUGGUAACGCCUUACUCAGCAGCAUUGAAUGUUAUGACCCUGUGAUCGACAGCUGGGAAGUGGUAACUUCAAUGGCAACACAACGCUGUGAUGCAGGCGUUUGUGUGCUCCGAGAAAAAUGAGAAGAGAUGGGAGAGUGAAACAGAGGAGCUUUAGAAUAUCUGGACACUGGAAUCUGUGAUCCACCAAUCAGCUGAGAAUCUAGAGUCCAUUUUUAUGACUCCUGUUUUUGGACUCAUGAUCUGUUGCCAUCUGAGACAUCAGUGUUUUUCUUAGUGAAGUGGAAAAACACUAACUUUAUGAUACAGUCAACGUGUGUUUUGCCACCAUGUUUUUUUUCUUCAUACAACUUUGUGAUCUUUGGUUACCUGUGAGAUUCACACAGUUGGGUCCUCUAAAGUGCAAUAUAAUAUGCUGGUGUCAAAAUGUCUCAGAGAAGAGACACGUGUGUAUGCCUUACUGCCCAUGUGACUGAAUCUUUCCUGCAUACUGAUUGACUGAAGGAGAGAAAAUUACCAGAUUCAUCAGGACAUGUUGACAAAGGUGCUUUGUGUAAUUUCUCUUGUCAUCUGUAAUGUCAGUUAUGACAUCAUCUCUUCGUUCUCAGUCUCUGGUGGCUUGGGCUUCUCUCAUAUUGACUCGAUCUUUUAUCAAUGCACCAAUAUCAUGUAUAGAACCAUCAGCAAGAUGACACAAAGGCAGCAUGCUGGUGUUUUAAGUGUGCUUAGUAGUAUAAAUCAGAAUGAAUGGGUGAAUUUAGAUGUGCACUCUCAGCAAAAAAACAACAUUAUGUUGUCUUGUUGAAUUCUGGAAAAUUUACCCAUUAAUAUGGAGGAAUUGCAUGGUGGAUGAUGUUCUGCAGUGCAUUAUUAAUGUGGUUUUAAUAGUGUGAAUCCACGAUAAAGACAAUAAAGGAAAGGUAUUUUUAUCUUGUAACAAAACUGAGGCCAUUGCAAACAUCUCACCUGAGCUUACAUGUGUGAAGAUUUUAGAUGGAAGUUCCCAGAAAUCAAUUAAUCUGCACAGUUUCAAACUUGAAAUACAGAAUGAUUUCUCAGAAUACAAUGUCAUAAAAUACAGAGUAGGCUAUUUAUUUAUUUAUUUAAGAUUUUUAA